GGAGGAGGAGAAGGAGGAGGAGGCAGGGGCUGAGGCAGCGGUGGCGGCAGUGCUCAGAGCGGCAGCAGCAGCAGUAGCAGCAGAAACAAGUAUCAGGCAGACAACAGCUCCUCCAGCUUCAGCAAGCCACAGUCAGUCCCCUGGCCGCGAUGGCGCUGCCAAGCCCGGCGAGUGAGGAAGCUGAGGGGCCUUGUCAGGAGGCAAACCAGGAAUAUCAGGAGCCUGUGUGUAGUCCUGUGCCCGAGCCGGAGCCCGAGCCCGAGCCGGAGCCUGAGCCCGAGCCGGUCCCAGUGCCCCCGCCCGAGCCUCAGCCUGAGCCGGAGCCCCAGCCCCUACCCGACCCUGCCCCCCUGCCGGAGCUGGGCUUCGAGGCUGAGCCAGUGCAAGAACCCGAGCCCACGCCCACAGUGGAGACCCGAGGUACCGCGCGUGGCUUCCAGCCUCCCGAAGGUGGUUUCGGCUGGAUAGUGGUGUUUGCAGCCACCUGGUGCAACGGCUCCAUCUUCGGCAUCCAUAACUCUGUUGGUAUCCUCUACUCCAUGCUACUAGAGGAGGAAAAAGAGAAAAAUCGCCAAGUGGAGUUCCAAGCAGCGUGGGUCGGAGCCCUCGCCAUGGGCAUGAUCUUUUUCUGCUCUCCUAUUGUGAGUAUAUUCACUGACCGUUUGGGCUGCCGGAUCACAGCCACCACCGGGGCUGCUGUUGCUUUCAUUGGCCUCCACACCAGCUCCUUCACCAGCUCUCUAAGCGUGCGCUAUUUCACCUAUGGGAUUCUGUUUGGUUGUGGCUGCUCCUUCGCCUUUCAACCAUCACUCGUCAUCCUGGGCCACUACUUUCAACGUCGCCUAGGUCUAGCCAAUGGCGUGGUAUCUGCUGGAAGUAGCAUCUUCUCCAUGUCUUUCCCCUUCCUCAUCAAAAUGAUGGGGGAUGAAAUCAAGCUGGCCCAAACCUUCCAGGUGCUCAGUACCUUCAUGUUUGUCCUUACGCUGCUCUCACUCACCUACCGGCCCCUCCUGCCCAGCUCCCAGGACACCCCAAGCAAGAGAGGUGCCCACACCCUCCGACAGCGCUUUCUGGCUCAGUUCAGGAAGUACUUCAACAUGCGUGUGUUCCGCCAACGCACCUACCGCAUCUGGGCCUUUGGGAUCGCUGCUGCCGCCCUUGGUUACUUCGUCCCCUAUGUACACCUGAUGAAAUAUGUGGAAGAAGAAUUCAAGGACAUCAAGGAGACCUGGGUGCUCUUGGUGUGUAUUGGGGCUACCUCGGGCCUUGGACGUCUUGUAUCAGGCCACAUCAGUGACUCCAUUCCUGGACUUAAGAAGAUAUACUUGCAGGUCCUCUCAUUCCUGCUCCUGGGGCUGAUGUCCAUGAUGAUCCCCCUGUGCCAGGACUUCGGGGGCCUCAUCGUUGUCUGCCUCUUUCUGGGCCUCUGUGAUGGCUUCUUCAUCACCAUCAUGGCUCCCAUUGCGUUUGAGCUGGUGGGACCCAUGCAGGCCUCACAGGCCAUUGGCUACCUCCUGGGCAUGAUGGCCCUGCCAAUGAUUGCUGGACCUCCCAUUGCAGGCCUCCUUCGAAACUGCUUUGGUGACUACCAUGUGGCCUUCUACUUUGCGGGUGUACCCCCAAUUAUUGGGGCUGUAAUCCUCUUCUUCGUCCCUCUGAUGCAUCAAAGAAUGUUCAAGAAAGAGCAGAGAGAUUCCAGCAAGGACAAGAUGUUGUCCCACGAUCCCGACCCCAACGGAGAACUGCUGCCAGGCUCUCCAACUCCUGAAGAACCAAUUUAAUGCCUCUGCCUUGCCAGUGUGUGCUGCUCCCCCACCCCACCCCUCCAUCCCACCCUGCUCAGCAUUUACAUUUUUGCCACCAGCACACUUGUUCCCAAACCUGUGCACACAGCAUCUCAGCCACCUGACCAUCUCCUCUGAGCCAAUGCUCUCGGUGUUCCAAACUCAUGAACCAAAUUCUCCCCAUGAAUGCCUUGAAACCCGACAGGCUCCUCUGCCAGGAUCUGGGAAAGCAUGGGAUCAUCCACCCACCCACCCCUGGCCUUUGGAUCCUCUCCAUAUACUUUCUAACCCCCUGGGGGGAGGAGGAAUGAGAUGGGACCUCUGGCCCCAGCUCAUUAGUCACCCACUAGAAUCAACUGCCAAAGGUGCUACCGUGGCCCCAGAACUUAUUGGAGAGACCCAAGCCUCUGUUAGCUGAGGAAUUUGUUCCCAUCCAUCCUUGAGAGCCAUUUGGGGGUUGUGGGAAGGAAGGCCAAAAGAGACAAGGAGCCUUGGUUUGCCUCGAAGCUCCUGAGGGCUUUGAUAGUUGGUUAACCAUCUGCUUCCCUUUUCCCUCCCUUUUACUUUCUCUCUACUGCCUCCUCUCCAUUUUCUUCCCCUCUAUUCCUUUUUAUUACUGUCAUAGACAUAUAGGUGCUUAGAGAAAGGAAGGACCCAGAGCUUGGGCCAAUCAGCUUCAUUUUGGCCCAGACCAUCCCUAAUAACUAGCAUUAACCCUGCUCAUCUCAGACUGAGCUACAUCUCACUUCUGGGCUCAAACUGAUAGUGACUGGAGGAACAGGCUAUCACAUAGGGACAGGAGCUAAAUGCUGCAGAGUUCCAUGUACCACUCAUUGAUGUGGAAAGAUUAACCAAGAGGCCUUCCCAGCUUCCCAUCCGUGUAGCCACCUGUCAAAUGUGAAGAAAACUCCUUUCAUCUCAUCAGACGCAGGAGGGAUGAUGACAGUGCACUGGCAAGAUGGGGGGAGGUGCUGUGGUUAACGACUUGGUGAAGGACCAACUCCUCCAUCUCUCAUUUUUUCAUAGCAGGUCAAUAUUUCCACCUGGGCCAGGCCAGGAAAUGAACUGUUUUAGG